ACCAGGGGAGGAGUAUGUCCUGGAGCAGAUAGACUGGACCCAUGCCCAGGGAGGCCGGGUGGGAGCCGGAGACGGGAAGGGUGAAGCCUGGGUGCCUGGGGGCAGCAGCCAUGACGGACUGGCAGCGGAGGUGCAGGUGGGCUCAGCCCUGGACCCUGCUCUUGCUUCUCUUAGGUCCCCGGCUCCUGGUGAGUCACAGCUGGGGUCCCGAAGAGAAAGAGGGAGAUGAUGACCAGAGAUUCUUGAAGAACUACCCCCCUGCCACCGUGGAGUAUGCCUUGCACAUGUACAACCGGACGAGCCAGGGCAGGAGUGCCUACGAAGAGGUGCGUGUACUGCGGUCGUGGAAGGAUCCUGUGGACAUCGGCCUGGUGUUCUCCAUGGAGCUGCAGUUCGCCCGAACCAGGUGCGGGAAAUUUGACAUCGACAACUGUCCUUUUCAAGCAACUCCAGACGUGAACAAUACUGACGCCUGCUACUUUACGAUUGCCACUGACCCAUGGAGAACAAAGUUUAAACUCCUGAACGACACCUGCUUGGAUGGCUCCGCCGAGUGAGGCCACACCCCAGCCUGGGGGCACCCCGCCACCCUGUCGUGUCCCUUCAGUGUCCGAGCGGCUCUGGUUCUGUUCUCUGGAUGAGCACCUGUCUGUCGCACCCAGGCCAUGAGGACACGCCUCCCUGUCCAUGUCACCCUGUAGAACUGGUCAUUAAACGUCAGCAUUGCAAGCA